AUGGCCGGGUCAACAAACUCCAAAAUAGAUCUCCCAGUCUCUACUUCUCCUUCAUCAACACCUCAACCACGAAUUAAACACGAACUUGAAUCAUCCCCCUUAGCGGCAUAUAUACCAAUCUACUCGGAUGUCGAAGACCCUAUAGCACUUCCCAUUGAGCAGCCAACGCCUCUGCCUGUGAGGACCCAGCCUCUCUACGCCAGCCUCAUUCUCGAAGAUCUACCACCUGGAUACUUUCACUUCACAUCAGAUCGAGGAACCGGUUUCACCCCCCGAGAACCACUCCACCCCGACCUCUUCCACUACCAACCAAUCGAUCUCUUUCCAAAGCCCUCGUUCAACGUCAUACAGCCCGUCGACACCCCCCUCCCGCCCGAUCGCCGUCGCGCUUCUAUCCUCAAGAUGAGUCCCGCGGCAAUCAAGCGUGCUCUAGACGUGUGGAGGAGCAACGCCGCGUUCGCAGCAGACGGCGAGCUCAGAGAGCAAGAGAACCCCUUCCCCGGAGAAGACAUGAAUCACGGCUGGACGCGAGCCCGGAGCGUCAUGAAGCACUUCCGCGAGAUCCGGAGCCAGAUGCAAGCUGAGCGUGGCCAAAACGAACUCGAGGAGGAUAUCCAGAUCCUGCAGGCUUUCAAGGCGUUUAGUCUUGGGGCGCAGCGAGGACCGAUAGACUUGGAUCCGGAGGAGUUCGGAGGCAUGUUCGAUAGGGUGUUCGCGGCUAAGAGAUCGGGAUGGGCGAGGGCACCGGGCAGUUGGUGGGCGGCUAGGAAGGCUGUUUUUGAAAGAUGUCAUGGAGAAUCUCUUUUGGAGCAGGUGAAUUUAAGCUCGAUUGAGAUCUACGAAAAGGUCGAGAAAUGGGCUCGUGUGCCGUAUCAUGAUGGGGAUAAUAAGAAGAAACGCCACCUGGAGCGCUGUUCAAUUGCACCAGUUGCUAAGAGGCUCAAAUCCAAGAGGAAGAUUGAAGAGGUGAUGAGCGAGGAGUGGCGUGCGAGGAGAAGAGCACAGGAGAUGCGGGCUGGACGAUGGACGGAUGGGACUAUGAGGAUGGAUAGAAUGUGGGAGGAGUUUCACUGGGUUCUGGAUGUUGAGGAUCCUUUGGAUAAGGUUUGGAAAUCAAAGACUGAUAAGGAUAAGCGUGAGGGGUUGGUCAUUGACGAUGAAGGGGUAGUCAUUGACAAGAUUCGAGAGGUCUGCGGGAGUGAUAUUUGGGCGAGCAGGGCUUGA